UGGCAUUCUUGCUGAUGAAAUGGGCUUAGGAAAAACAAUUCAAACGAUUGCUUUACUUGCUUACUUGGCGUGCGAGAAACGUGUAUGGGGCCCUCACUUGAUCGUUGUGCCAACAAGUGUUAUUCUGAAUUGGGAAAUGGAAUUCAAAAAAUGGUUACCAGGAUUCAAGGUUCUCACUUACUAUGGAUCACCCAAAGAGCGUAAAGAAAAGCGGUCUGGAUGGUACAAGCCCAACGCGUUUCAUGUUUGCAUCACUUCUUACCAACUUGUCCUUCAGGAUCAAAACGUGUUUCGACGAAGAGCAUGGCAAUACCUCGUCUUGGACGAAGCACACAACAUUAAAAACUUUAGAUCUCAACGAUGGCAAGUUCUUUUAAACUUUAACGCCAAUCGACGUCUACUGUUGACAGGCACGCCUCUUCAAAACAAUCUGAUGGAGCUUUGGUCACUGCUCUACUUUCUGAUGCCGAAUGGCGUCUCACAAGACAUGCCGAUCGGAUUUGCCAAUUUAAAAGAGUUUCAAGAAUGGUUCUCACACCCUGUUGACCGCAUGAUUGAAGGUCAACAAGGCAUGGACGAGGAGUCACGAGCGGCCAUACAAAAGCUUCAUACGGUAUUAAGGCCUUACCUGCUGAGAAGAGUGAAAGCCGAUGUUGAAAAGCAGAUGCCUGAAAAACACGAGCAUGUGGUGUACUGCAAACUAUCCAAACGACAGCGCUUUCUUUAUGACGAUUUCAUGAGUCGAGCCAAGACAAAAGAAACCUUGGCUAGUGGCAAUUUCUUAAACAUUAUCAACUGCCUCAUGCAACUGCGUAAAGUGUGCAAUCAUCCGGAUCUAUUUGAAGAACGCCCGAUCCUGACGAGCUUUGCGAUGGACGAUGAGGUACAAACGGAAGGCUCCUAUUUGGAAUCGUUGAUCCGUCGUAGAUUUAAUGUGGUUCAGCCGAUGGAAGGAGUGAACUUUGAUUUUUUGAACCUGAUUCUGCAGCACCCCCAUAUGAACCAAAUGAGCCAAAUGGUGGCAAAUGAAAUUAUCAGAUUAGCCGCUACUGAAGCCAUCAGCAAAGUGAUUGCCAAUCGGCAACGUCACAUUGCCGCCGCGGAGGCUCGGGGAAUUGUGUCCAAAGAUUACCACGACCUGAAAAAGUAUGCAAAAUAUCGAGAGAUGCAAAUGCAGAUUCAAUGCAUGAAGCGGUGGGAGUCAAUUCAAUACGUCAAUAGCAUGCGCUGCGCACGAAAGCCUUUAUUUGGCUCUGAUUUAGUAGCGCUCUUGAGAAGCAUGACGAGCAGCUAUCGCGAUCGACUAUUUUCGUCAAGUGCUCGGAUAUACAUGAGCCAAUGUGAUGCAAUUCGUGAAAUGGUACAAGGGUACAAGGGGCGCAUAUAUAGUAAUUUAGAUAUCCUGGAGCAGUAUGGAUGUGUUACACCCAAGGCUGUUGUCUGGCCCAAGGAACGUAUUCUACCCUAUGAAGGGCAACUACAGCUACAACAAGCCAACAGUAUAGACAAUGACAUCUUUCAUCCUAUCCGGUCAAGGCUUUCGAUAGCAUUCCCUGACAAAUGGCUAAUUCAAUACGACUGUGGCAAGCUACAAAAGCUUGAUAAGUUACUGAGGGAGCUAGCAGCUGGUGGGCAUAGAGCAUUGAUUUUUACACAAAUGACUCGAGUGCUUGAUAUCCUUGAAACGUUUUUGAACAUUCAUGGUUACCGAUAUCUACGUCUCGAUGGUGCCACCAAGGUUGAACAACGGCAAAUCCUGACUGAGCACUUUAAUAGUGAUAAGCGUAUUUUAUGUUUUAUUUUAUCUACGCGAAGUGGAGGCUUAGGCAUCAACCUGACAGGCGCCGAUACAGUCAUUUUCUAUGAUCUAGACUGGAACCCCUCAAUGGAUAAACAAUGCCAAGACAGAGCACAUCGUAUUGGACAAACGAGGGAUGUACACAUUUAUCGAUUUGUAACAGAAUACACCAUUGAAGAAAAUAUAUUCAAAAAGGCGAACCAAAAAAGAAUGCUAGAUAAUGUGGUUAUUCAAGAAGGCGACUUUACAGCUGACUUCUUUAAUAAAACAGAUUGGUGGCGAGAACUUCCAGAAGUGGUUGGAGCAAGCGAAAGAUCCGUUUAUACCCCCGUGGAUUAUGAGCAAGCCUUACUUGAGGCCGAAGGCGAUGAAACGGAUGCACAGGCUGCAAUGGUCGCACGUAAAGAGAUGAAUAUGGAUGACAAUGACUUUAAUGAUACACCUUCAGCUGUCACACGCCAGUCGAGCGAAGCACCUUCUCAAGCGCCCUCUCAAACUGUUUCACAAGCCAGCCAAACAGAAGACCCAACGAUGGACGAAGAUGUAGAAUUGAAUGUGGGGCAUGUGGAUCAGUACAUGCUCCGAUUUUGGGAACGAGAAAUGCUUGGUAUUGACCUUGGAUUUGGUGGUUUUGCAAAUGAAUAAAAAAAAAAGAGCGACUACGUCCGCGCACCUUCAAUUUUUAACUUUAAAAGGAAAUUGUUUGUGAUAUAUCACGCUGGAGAUGGACCUAUGAAGAUGCAUAUAUAUAUAUAUA